UGCCGCCCCGGGCAACCGCCCGUGUCGCCCGUAUCUAAAACCGCUACUGAUGAGAUCCAAAUAUAUGCCAAUGUCAACACAUGUUCAUGUUGAUGAGGUUUACUGAACAAAUUUGAAUCAUCACAACAACCAAAAUGUGUCACAUUUUGAGGACUGUAAGUUCACACACUUUCAGACUUUUGCAAACCGGAGUUGGAGAUUGCAGAGAGAAGGCGAAGUGUUUUGUAAAACCUUUACAAGUUCUACGGAUUAUUUGCUCAAACAACAAAAGUGCAAACAUGUUUUGCUGGACUCUAAGAAGAAGAAAGAUAAUAAAGGAGGAUACUGUGGGUGUUGGAGAGGACCCACUGAAAAAUGUGAGUGCACGAAAGGAUCUCACAGAUGAACAUGUGGCCCCUGACACUCCAGCCACCUCUUCUGCACCAGUCUCACCUCCAGCUGAGGCUCAGACGAAUAAAUCAAAGAAGGCUUCCUGGUGGCGCAGAUGGCUUUUUUGUGAGAAAAAGUCAAAGGUUUUUCCCAAAAAUGAAGACAAGGCAGAAGACACGGUCGUGCCACCUUCUGAACCCCAACAGAGUACCAUCAGCACUGAAAAAUGUGAAGUCAAGGACGUUGGUGUCCAGACAGAGGUUUCCUGCCCUCCAAACUCGCUGCUGUUUUUCUGCACGAAAAAGGUGACCUUAGAUGAUGAGCCGCGUUGUCCUGAAGUCAAUGAGAGAGAUGAGCCAGUUUCCAGGCCGUGUACCCCAGCAGGUCACGGUGGUAGCCAGGGAGCCAUGCUAAGAGACCACGUCACACACUGCUGACUAACAUACGAUGAUGAGUUCGUCAAUGAUGAGCAGUGGCAGAGAACAGCUUACCUGCUGUUCUAUGAAAAACAGCUUUUCAGCUCCACAUUUUUGCCAUUUCUUCCACACUCAACUCUUUUCUACAAGGUGAGCGCACAGUGAAGGAAGGGGAGGGCUGAUGGCAUUAAGAGAUUUGAUUGGGCAAUCUAGGGGCCAGUUAGUUCUUCCCUUUGGUGAAAGCUGGGCUCUUCAGUUCAGCAUGGUACAGCUCCAAAGAUUCUGCAACAUCAAACCCUCUGUCUGCUAAUAUUACAUCACCUGGGCUGAGGCAGUCCAGGUAACAGUUUCUAUU